CCCCGGGCUCAGACUGCGGACUGCUCCAGGACCAGAACCAAACGCUUCGGAUUCGUACUGAUUAAUUAUAGAUUGGCUUGUGAUCAGCUGAUCGAUCAGCUGUGAUCGGUUCGGUUAGUCGGAGGGGAUGUCCCGGCUGCUGGAGAGCAGGAGACAGGACAGGAUGAAGGAAAUCAAUCUGAAGAAUAAGGAGAAGGCGCGCCUGAAGGAGCGGGAGAAGGAGGCGCGAGAAAGGGAGGCCAGGUCCAGCAACGGUCACCUGUUCACCUCCCUGACGGUGUCCUCCACCACCCUGUGCUCCUCCUGCAACAGGAGCAUCACGGCCAAGGAGGCGCUCAGCUGCCCAGCCUGCAAUGUCACCAUCCAUAACCGCUGCAGAGACAGUCUGGCCAGCUGUGCCAAGAUGAAACAAAAGCAACAGAAGCUGGCGUUGGCGAGAAACAAUUCAGCUCUGCAGAAUGUCGCCAUGCGAACAAAAACUCCGAUGAUGAAGGAGCGUCCGAGCUCGGCCAUCUAUCCCUCAGACAGCCUUCGUCAGUCACUGCUCGGGUCCAGAAGGGUCCGCUCCGGCCUCUCACUUGCCAAGAGUGUCUCCACCAAUAACCUUGCAGGUGUGACUGAGGACUCUAUAGGUCUCAGGAGGAUUCUGUCUCAGUCUACUGAGUCGUUGAACUUCAGGAGCAGGACCUUGUCCAUGGAGUCUCUGACUGAUGACGGUGAGUGGUGGUGGAGCUCCCUGCUGGAGGAGCUGCAGGUGGAGGGCAGCUGUGUUCAGGCCGACAGCUGGAGUCUCGUUGUGGAACCAAACUUCUUGCAGACGCUUCAUAAAGACCUCAUAAAGAAACAAGACGUUAUCUACGAGUUGAUCCAGACAGAGUUCCACCACGUGCGGACGUUGCGGAUCAUGGAGGGGGUGUUCCGGCGGGGGAUGCAGGAGGAGGUGAUGCUGGAGGCGGGCGUGGUUCACACCAUCUUCCCCUGCCUGGACCAACUGCUGGAGUGGCACUCAAGCUUCCUGUCGGAGCUGCUCAACAGGAGGAAGGAGGGUCUGAUGGAGGGUAGCUCAACCAACUUCACUGUCCGCAACAUCGGUGACCUGCUGCUCAGACAGUUUUCAGGUCAGUGUGCGGACGACAUGAAGAAAAUUUACGCUGAGUUCUGCAGUCGACACCCCAAAGCUGUGAAACUCUACAAAGAAGUUUUAACUCGAGACCGAAGACUGCAGCAGUUUAUCAGGCGUGCCUGUCGUGGUCCUCUGCUGCGUCGCCAUGGUGUCCAGGAGUGCAUCCUGCUGGUGACACAGCGACUCACCAAGUACCCCGUCCUCAUCCAACGAAUCCUCGACUACACCAAAGGCAAUGAAGAGGAAGCGCAGGCGUUGAGCAAGGCACUGCAGCUCCUGAAGGAGCUCAUUAGCUCGGUGGACCAGGAGGUGCUGGAGCUGGACCGGACCAGGAGGCUGCAGGAGAUCCAGGCACGUCUGGACCCCCGGGCUCAGGCGGAGGUCCAGGGAGGAGGAGUGUUCAGAGGAGGAGAGCUGCAGAGGAGGAGGCUCCUUCACGAGGGGAUGCUCCUCUGGAAGGUCCAGGGCUCCAGGAUGAAAGAUGUUCAGGUCCUGCUGAUGUCAGACAUCUUGGUUUUCCUUCAGGAGAAAGAUCAGAAGUUCACUUUCGCCUCACUGGACAAGUCUCCAGUGGUCUCUCUGAAUAACCUGAUCGUCAGAGACAUAGCCAACCAGGAGAGAGGGAUGUACCUGAUCAGUGCCACCACCCCUCCAGAGAUGUACGAGCUGCACGCUUCAUCCAAAGACAACCGCAGGACCUGGAUGAGCCGCAUCCAGCAAGCUGCUGUCAGCUGUCCGUCCAGAGACGAGUUCCCUCUCAUCGAGACUGAAGACAAAGCUUUACUGCGCAGACUGAGAGCCGACAUUCAACAGAAGGACAGGGAGAUUUUGGAGCUGCUGCAGGAGAGAGUCACUCUGUUUUCUGACCUGGUGGAGGCGACUGGAAGAGGAGGAGGAGAAGAAGAAGAAGAAGAGGAAGGAAGUGAGAAGCUCAACACUUCCUCAUCAACCACCACCUCCUCCACCAGGAACCUGUUCAGAGCCGACACUCCUCACGCUCCUCAGGCCGAGCCGCUCCUCAGCGCCUCCAUCACUGAAGUGGACAAACUGACCGAACUGCUGCUCAACUCCAGCAUCACCAAAUCCACCGUAACCAACGGCAACCAGGAGCUCAGCAAUGGUGACUCAGGUUCUUUUGAGCUGAACAGCAGCUCCUCGAAGGACAAAAACGGUAACCAGCUGCAAGAACGAACCCUAAAACAGGAAGUCUGUCAGCGACUGGUCAGUCUGAGCACACAGCUUCACGCCCUGCAGGCUGCUGUGAUUCGUCAGGAUUCUAUCCUGGAGCUGUUUACCAAAACAGGCCCCGUCCCCAACCCCACUCCAGGACCCCGCCUCAGUCGGUCAAUGUCGCGGGAUACAGGACUGGAUGCCAGCGGGGAGGCGGUGCUGCUGCGACGGCAGGUGGAGCUGCUGCAGGAGGAAGUGACACGGCUACGUCUGAAGGGGGAGGACCCAGCGAGAGAGGGCGCAAAGCUAGGCACCAACGGAGAGAUCAGUGAUGUCAUCAAGGGAGAAAAGCAGGGGAGCAGAAGGCGCGGCAGCAGGGAAUUGGAGUCCCGCCCCCUUGCACCAUUGGCCAGCCAGGAUCCAGUUGACCAAUUAGACGGUGUCCAGGAGGGAAAUGAGGAGGAGGAGGAGGAGGAAGUGAUGCGAAUCUCUCCUCGCUCUGACAGCCCCAGAGACCUGCAGGACAUCCCAGAGGAGAGCGAAUGUGGAGCUGAUCCCAGUUAACAUCACACCUGUGACUGAUGACCUCAGGGACCUCUGCUGAUGUCACAGUGAUGUCACUGACAGACUUUUACACAGAAAGCUGGAGCUGGAGGUGACAUCAUUUCCUGUUUUACAGAAGCGUUUUAGACCCAAACAGACUUCUGAUGUCGUACUUUUGCUCCAAAGUGUUUUCUGAACGUUGCUGUUAGGUUAGAAACAUGAAGUGUAACCGUGCCACCUGUUUACAUUAUCACGUUGGCUGGAGCCCUGCCCACAUGUGCUGGAGUGGGUGGGGCUUUGUAUCAGGAAGGCGGGGUUUAAAUUGUGUCGUAGGAACUGUUUUCUUUUUCUGUCUGGUUCCCUUAGUGAAACUCAAAGAUGAGACACCACACUACAUUACCCAGAAUGCCUUUGGAUAUCAACAACUUGAGUCACAACCUGCUGUUAUGAUCUGUGUUAUGACACAGUUUUCUUCUUCUGAGAAACAAACAGUUUAAACUGUAUUUAUAUGGUAACUUAAAACUAAAAGUAGUUUACAUUAGAGAUAUUCUGUAGGAUUUUUAGGCUAAGAGACUCAAAUUUGUGUUUCUGUCAUGUGUGAAACCAAAAAAACUUAUUUUUAAAAUUCAGUAACAAAGUUUGGGAGCAAGUAAGUAAUUUAUACGUUUACAGAAAUCUUUCCAGGAUUAAACAAGUGAGUCAGUUUUUAAAGGAUCACAAAGUUUAGUUUGUAUCAGCAAUAAAUAAUAAAAAAAUAAUCUUCCACGCCUUUCAAAAGUUAUCAGCCCGUUAACGGUCAGUGUGCAGGAUUUAGAGGCAUCUAUUGGCAGAAAUGGAAUAUAAUAUUCAUAACUAAGUUUACAUUAGUUUAUUAUCAUGUGAAAAUAAGAAUUGUAUUUUCGUUAGCUUGGAAUGAGCCGUUUAUUUCCACAUACAGAGCAGGUCCUCGUGCAUUUCUACAGCAGCCCGGAACGGACAAAUCAAACACUGGCUCUAGAUAGGGCCUUCGUUUUUUUGUGUUUUCGCGCUGGCUACCAUAGUGCUCCUACAAGCUUGGCACAUGGGAGAAGUUUCAGUUCCAUAACCUCACCACUAGAUGUCACUAAGUCCUGCACACUGGACCUUUAAAUGUCUGCUAUCAGUUGUUAUCACUGCCAGUAUGAUGCCACCUAUCAGUGGGCCAAAACAUGCAUAUCCAAUUACAGAAAUGGUCACAGUUUGGUUAGGUUUUGGAAAUAAUCAUGGUUUGGGUUAAAAUAAGUACGUUUUAUACACUGUACGGUGUCUCUCUGAAAAAAUCAAAAUGAUUAUAGCCUAUAAAAACGAUAGUACGUUACGUAACUCAAGUUACAUAUGCAUGUUUUCUAGGACUGACAAAAUAUCAUGUUAAUUUCGCUAAAUUAAUCACAGAAAAGAAAACGUGUUAAAAACAUUAACACUGAUCGUGUUCUGUGGUGCACUUUGACCCUGUGUAUCGUUGAAGGCCACAGUGGCUUUGUUACAUGAUGACGAGGUGAUGCUGCUUUGCCCUGUGAACGGAACAUUUACAUUUAAAAAACGCCCAGAUGGAGCUGUUGAUAGAAGCACUGUUCUCUGCUGUGUCUGCAGUAAGGAAUAUUCGAGAACUUCAAGCCUGAAAUAUCACCUCAACGCAGCAUUUUGUAGCAAACCUUGACAUCCUCUGAUGCAAGUGCUCGCAGCCAGCCUCGUUAAGCCACACUUGACCAGGCGUUCAAACUGAGUAAGUCUACCUGUGACCGACUAACUCACUCCCUGCAAAAUGGACUGUCGAGCAGUUUGGGUGUUAAGAGGACAGAGGGACAAUUGUGUCCAAAAUCCCGCAGCUUUACUUCAACACAUCUGUCAAAAUUCAUUUGAAUUUAAAUGUUUAAAUACUUUCACAGCAAAUAUUGAUGCAUGCGGUUAAUUUAGAUUAAACAAACACAGAGUAUGUGGUUGAUUAGAUAAAUUUUUUUAAUCGCUUACCUACGCAUGUGUUAAAGUAUGUUACAUAUGUGACUCCUCCAGUGCUACCAAACAGUACAUGUAAAUAUAGGAGGUAGAGUAGAGCCAUACCGCCUCAGAUCUAUGCUCCUGAUGACAAAUGAUAACUGUCAGUUAACGGGCUGAUGACAUUCAAAGUGACUGACUGAUGGCGGUGAUGAUUUUCAUGGAUGCAUGAAGAGAACUGGAGAUAGCGUUUGAGGCGAGGCCCUCUGCGUUCCUGUGAAAAUUGCUCAGUGGCGCAUGAAGCUGAAAACGUUUGACUUCCGAGGUGUUAAAUUACCCGGAUCUUCUGUAUCAAUGGGUCCACAGAGCAGGUGCACUACAGACCUCCACCGGUUUAGCGGCUAACUUUAGGUUUAGCCCUUCGCUCAUUUAAAUAAGGGAUAAAAUGAUUUAAUGGUGCGGCUCUUUCAGACAUUUGAAAUGUUAUCUGACUGAAUGGAUCAAAUCCUGAUAGUGAAAGAAGAAAUUUCGUGGGGGUUGUUACGCUUAUAAAAAUGUAACCAGUGAUUUACAGACAUCUCUUUCACAAUGUAAGUUUAGGGAAAGGUAAUUUUGCACCCAAUGGUCUUACAUUUCAGUUGUAAUUUCACUGUUUGGCCACUAUGAAAAUUGCCGUUGUGGGGCCUGGUGAGUCUCCACAGAGAUCUGACUCAAUUUUGGGGGGGGGGGGGGGGGGGGGGGGAAGGAACAGGAAACUGUUUGCUGUCUGACUGAAACAUGAGAUCACUGCUGCAGCGCUCCUAAUAUGUCUGAUAGCAUGUUAGCAUGUUAGCGUGGCUGUUUCCUUUAUAGCCUACUUGUGUAAACUUGAUCGUAUAUUGUCUUAUUGAUUGGUUGGUUUUGACCAAUGUUUUUUUUUUUUUAUUUUAUUGAGAACAUGUUUUAUAUUAACCAAAACACUUUAUUGACAGUAUUUACUGAUGAAGAACAGCAGCAGUGUUUCGUACAGAUGUGAUGUUGGUGACUCCGGCCUCUGUCUCCAUGUUUUUCAAAACAGAUAUUUUCCUCUGUGUUUUGGGCUCUCGUCCACAAACAGAGUUUCAGGUCACUAAAAAUUAGAUUUUUUGACCUUCUAAGGUGCUGAUUUUUCUAAACUCCAGUUACUGUGUAUCAGGACACAACAAUGGCACACAACCGGCCUGUGUACUUUUACCCUGUCGUUAGUCCACAUGAGUCACAUUUCAGUUUCACCAUAGCACUUUGGGUCGUGAACCAGAAAGAUUUUUAUAAAAAUAGGAAUCAGAUUUUGAUAAAUAGAUAAGUAAUUUAUUUCUAUUGGUUUACUAUUGUUUAACUUGUCCAAAAUAAGCUUACUGCAAAUGCUCAGAAUCUUCUUCUUUGGUAUUUGACCGACUGGCCUGGCAAGUGUUUGGAGUUGAUUUUACAUUCUUGUGUGGACAGAGACAUUUUGUAAAAUGAAGGUGGACAUUUUUUUCUUUUAACCUUUUGAACCCUGGAGCGACAUCGCUUUUCUUGGGCUGCUUUCAGACGCCUUUCGCAAGUAUUUAAAUGCUGAGCCUUGAGCAAAAGGUGAAAGAAGAAAUGACCCAAAAAAUUAGCAAGAAAUUAGUAAAAAGAGAGAAUUAAAAACAAGAAAAUCGGUUUUUAAAAAAAGCAACAAAAAGAAAGUUAAAAACAAACAAACAAGGAAAUUACCUGGAAAGAGUGCUUAGAAAUUUUAAGAAUUCUGUAACAUAAUUUUAAAAUGUAAAAAUAACAACUUUUUUUUUUUUUUUAAAUAAUUUUCUAAACCUAUUUUUUUCCAAUUUGUGGGACAAGUUCCUAUGUUUUUAAAACAAAUCAAGUCACUUUCCUCAGGUUUUAAAGGGUUAACAGAGGGGAUAAAUAUCUGUUUUGAAAAAUAUCCGCAUACGACAGGGCCUACGUCUCACCAGAAAUAAUGUGUGAAAGUUUCUUGAUGCAAACUUUCAACAUCUGCUGCAAAUUCCUAAAAUAUUUUAUAAUGACUUUAAAACAUAACGGAUGAAGGAGCACCGUCAUGAUGGGCACUGCUCUGUUUCCACUGUCUGAGUUUAGUUUGUGAAUUUAUAUCAAAGAUGACGCUGAUGUCAGCGUGAACGACGACUGCUGGAUCCACGUCUCACAUUCAGGUUGUGACUGUGGGAUGUCUGACAGCAGUUUGAAGACUUUCCUUAAACUAAACUGAUCUGGAGUCAGCCACAGAAGCUUCUUAUUUUAAUGUAGUUUUUAAAUAGUAGAAAUGUCGAACUGAAGUUAGUGUCUGUAUAAAGAUUUGAUCAGAAAACUGUAAAUGAUUUUUGCUGUAAGUUUAUUGUUUGUAUGUGUGCUCAUUAUAAAUCUAAUCAG